GUUAUAAACGCUGCGGCGCUAGCGCAUGAAUUAACGGCAUUUUCUAACAACUGCCAACAAUGAAAUGAAACAAUUAUCAAAACUUUAUAAGCAAACAAAGAAAUUGUAAAAUAAUUGAAAGCUCAACAGCAGUGAAUAUAACAGCUAUUAUAUUAACUAUCACUAAUCUACGCCUGUUGCGCCUAGGGCCUAUUUUCAAUAUAAUUUCAUUUCAUUUAUUCUUAAAGGUCUUUUGCGCAGUGUGCAAAGCCUAGAGAAGCCCACGCGCAAUGGCGUUGAGAGCACCCGCCGGCGGGUUAGACUUAAAUAAAAAGCAAAACAAAGCAACACGAAAAAAACGCAUAAGAGAGUGGGAGAGCGCGUGCAAUGGCAGCUGCCAAGGCAGCGAUACUUUAAUCGAUACUUUUGCAGCUGUUGCCAGCUCUCUCUUCGUCUCUCGCAAGCUUCGUUCAGUUGAGCCGGCAUUCUGUAAGCCGACGCGACAUGUAACGAAAGUGAGUGAAGCGAGUAAACAACAAAAAAAAGAAAAACAACACAAUUUGAAAUAAAACUAAAAAUAUUAUCAGUGUAAAAUCAUAUGUACUAUAUAAACAAAAACAAAAAUACAAUAACAAAUCAAGCAAAAAAUGCCAGAGAGUAAAUAAAAUACAUUUACAUAGAUGUUGCAAAACGAGCGAACGUGUUCUGCCGCAACAGCUGCCAAGCUGCUGUAAGAAGGGGAAGGCGACGGCGGCGGCAGUGGCAAACGUUUCGACAUUUUACAAAUACAUUUUCUCAAUUGAAACCAAGUAACCCGCUGCUCUAAUGUUGCUGGACGCCAUUAUUUGGUUACCCACACUAUUCACAUACCUUUUCUUUCUGUUCAUACUCAUCAUACUGUUCUUCAUCGUGGCCUACGUCAGUCACAAGAUCUACAUCUCCAUCUAUGACAAUCUGCCGCUGCCGGCGGCGCCCAACUCUCGCUCGCUGCUGAGCAUGCGCUCCGAGCAGUUGCGCGAUCAACCCAGUGCACGCACCAUCUGGAUACAGAAUCGUUCGCAGAUCUACGAGUCCACAGCGGUGCGCGCUGUGCUCUCACUGGAGCCCUGCUAUCUGGUCAGUGUGGAGUUGGACAUUUACUGCAAUCCCAAAAAACGUAAUAUUAGCUUUAUGUGCAAUUGCGAGGAGCCAGUGGAUCACUGCGCUGCCACGAGCAAGCGUGAGAGCAAAACAAUGCGUGUGCUUAAGCACUAUGAUCAUCUGUCGCAGGUGCCGCGCCUUAAGGUUCUGAUGCGCUGCAGCGAGCGGCAAUAUCUCAGCAAUAUGCGCUAUGUGCUGGAUGACGUCAUCAAUGAUGUCAAGGAUGCGCAAGAUGCGUGCUGCUCAGAUAACAUCAAUAGCGAAGCAUGCAAAAUACCAGAGAAAGCUUCCAGCCGGCGCUCAACUGCAGUGCCAAAGUAUUAGAGAGCAGAGAGCAAAGAGAGAGAUAGAGAGUCAAACAGUGUGUGGGCAGAGGUGAAGAGCGAGGGUCGCUUGCAUUUAUAAUUAGGCUUAAGUUAAAUAGAACUCGUUUGAUCCACUGA